GUUCGCCGAUCGUCUAUUUCUCCAGCGAUGAAUGAUGCACAUCCGUGUCAUUUGCUAAAUCUUCUUUCUACUUCAUGGAGUGGGCGGUAUUCCUUAAAAAAGCUGGCUUUUCGGCUCUCCUUCCUUCCAUCCGUAGUCUCAUUUUUCUGCCUCGAGUGUCCUCGUUUCACAGGACGCAGCGCGCAACGUGACUGAGGUGACGCUGUGGCGUAACCGCAUGCGCACGAUCACCAGCUGACGUUUUUUUCUUUCGUAUUAUGUGUUCCUCCGAGAGUUUAGACUGGCCACCUGUUCUCUCGAAUGGGCGCAAACCGAUGCCAAAGAGGGAACGACAGCGGUACCACCCGCAAACUGCAAAGAGCAACGUGACCUCGAAGUCAACGCAUUAGCGCUGCAUGACGCAGGCGGAAGCGGUUCGUUGAAAGUUGCGGCAGAUCCGUGCGGAGAUUUCCUUCUUUCAGCUCUCCGACUUCACAAGCUUGAACGCAGCUGCGCGCUGCUGGACUUUUGUGAAACAGAAGAUUGUCUCGACGAAUCAGGCACUUGCACAUUGUGCUCAAUAUCUUUAGAAAUCCCGUUUCUCCCCCUGCCAAAUAGGAAGGCGGCUAUUUUCUUCAGCGCCAUAUAUGCAGGCCAAGCUCAUAUAGAGAAGGAGGUCUAGACAUUCGUGCCUCUGGCGCCAGUGUACUGGGCAUUUUGUGCUCUGGCCACUUCCCUUAGACAACCAACCUAGCGUAGCGGGGUCGAGACACCCCCGUGGAUUUUGGCUUGACAAGCUCUUCUUGCUUGCCAGUCAAAGCAGAAGGCAAGCUGGAGAAGACAACUCUCUGCCACAGCUUUCUGUCAGGGUCGCUGACACUAUGAGAGAGGGCAAGGCGCCAGAUGGCGACCCGCUCCUCUCCCCUGGAGACUCGCAUGACACGUCGUCAGUCGUACACCUGAAGCCAUUCCCGCGAAGUAACUCAGCUGGAGCUUCUGACAGUUCCUCGUAUCGAGCGUCACCCCCUGAGGCUCGCGCCGCCUCUUACUUCGGCAGUGUCGCCGACGUUGAAGACGCCCCGAUGGAAACUGACAGCUCUCACGGCGACUUUCGAUACGAUGAACAGGAGGAUGUGGACAUCUUUUCAGACAUUGGAAACUUCAUGCCUGGCAAUCUGACAGACCGGGCUUCCAAUCUGUGGAAUUAUUUUGCGCGGCGGUCAUCCGUUGCUAUUGACAGUUUUCUCCAACAGCACCGGCUUCAGCAACCCGAUGCAGGGCAGAUGCCCGCGUGCCAAGAGGAGCUCCUUUCAGACAGAACGCCCAGGCUGGCUUCGGCGGAAAUAAAAAAUCUGAGUUAUCCCAAAUACAUGCUGUUGCUGUGCUUUAGCUUCUUCUCCACCGAUGUCGUGAAGCAGAAGCUAUCCCGAAUCACACUGAUGGAGGCGCUCGAACACUUCGAUAUGGUUAAUGAUUUGUUUUUCCUUGUUCGCGUCGCAUGGGCCAUCCAUCGAGGAUUUCACUGGCGGGAAAAUAAGAGUGCCAAAUUUGUCAUGGCGUGGCUCGUCACGACCUACAUCAUCUCUUGCUGCGCCUACGCUCUUCGUCGGUUUCUCAUCUACAACCGUAUUUCUAAAAAGUCCUCGGGUCUGUUCUACCCACUUGUUGUCUUCAAGGAGAUUCGGCGAGCCGGAGAAGAAUCCCCUGAGGACCUUUUCAUGUUCGAGAGACUGUGCUGGACGUAUCAGCUGCUGAUGCGGGUCAUCGAAGAUCUUCCUCAAGUCCUCCUUUCCAUUCUUUUCCUCAUAAACGAAGGUCGAGAUACAUACGCCAUGGUCAUGAUUGCGUACAGCAGUACUAUGUUUUUCAUCACAACAAUCCGAAUGGGACUUCGGUACCCCUUCAAAGGCACACUGUACCUCCUAUUGUCUUCGGAACCCCCUGUCGAUGAUCCGGUCGCACUCGAAGCCGCUCCUACCACUUACUACAUGACUCUGUUCAUGAGCGGAGUUUUCGCUCUGUGGUCGGUCACCUAUCUUUUCACACUUCGAUACGUCAAUAAAGUCUGGCGCGUUCUGAUGAUCAUGAUGGCCGCUGGGUUUGCUCUUCUGAGCGUGUUUUGUCUGCUGCUUUUCGUAUACUACCGGCGUCAAAGAGAAGUAGACGUAGAUGAGGCGUUUCUUGGAGGCACGGCCCGAAAUGGCGAAGAGAACCGCGCGGGGGGGCAAGAGUCUUUGGUUCCAGAGAUUUAACGUCGUUUCAGCUCUCUAGCUGCCUGAGAACGAGGCCGUAUCCUACUUGCGCACUGUUGCAUGCCUAGUGCACUGGCGUUGGUGGAUGAAACGUAUGAGGUGUUGCGACGGCUCAGUUGUCCUCGUGACAGGUGUUUUACAUUGCUUUUCCGUUGGCACAGUGUCCUCUCAAAGCAGUUUCUGUUUCACCACUAUUCAUGUUCGAUUUGCCCACGUAUAACAUUGCGUUACUAUUCCAGUCUUGGUUUCCAUGUCUCGUGGCACAUAUGAAAUCAGUCACGCACCGCGAGUCUGUGGUUCUUAUAGAUGCGAAAUGUCAAAUACGUGAUGUGCUCGCUGACCAUGUUUUCUUUCCAUUAGCCAGAACGUCGUUUCUCAAGGGACAAUAGAAGUGACUCGAAGGCCGUGUUUGGCGUAACCACACUGCAACUGAAUUCGAAUGCUUUUUCACCAGUUUCUGGUAAUAUCGAUCAAACACCAACUGAGACAUCCCCGGAAUGUGCACUAUGAACUCAAUUGUUGGCCAUGGAUCUCGACGACUACCGGGACAGUAAACUUGUUUAACUUUUCCUCUAUAUACCGUUCAUUAUCGGUACUCUUUUGGAGGAGCACUUCUGGAGGACGUAUAUCCCCCGCCGGGUGUGAGGCCUUCCAACUGAGAAGCAGUCUCUAUCUUGUUUGCGAGGACUAUCCACAAGUUUCUUCCACGAUCUGUCAAGGGCGAUGUGAUAAAGACAUGACAUAACUGUGUGCGUAGAGCUCAUUGUGUGCAGUUGUCUACGACUUCACAUG